UACUUUCUUUUAACUUUUCUCUGACUUUAUGACUGAAAUUAUUUUAUUUCUGCUUAUUGCUUGCAGGUUCAGGAACACAAAGAUAUGAUGGGAUCUUUUCUUUCAAGAGCUUUGCUAAUGGUUUUUGGGUAUGCAUACCCGGCUUACGAGUGUUUCAAAUCAGUAGAGAAAAAAACACCAGAGAUUGACCAACUCCUGUUCUGGUGUCAGUACUGGAUUUUGGUGGCUAUGUUCACCGUUGGUGAAAGAGUUGGCGAUGCCUUCAUUUCCUGGUUACCAAUGUACAAUGAAGCUAAGUUGGCAUUCUUUACAUACCUUUGGUACCCUAAAACGAAAGGAACUAGUUAUGUUUAUAAUUUCUUAUUGCGGCCUUAUGUCUCAAAACAUGAGACAGAAAUUGAUCGUAACUUGUUAGAGGUGAAUGUUAAGGCCAAAGAGAUUGGUCUUCUCUUGUGGCAAGAAGCUGCUAGUUAUGGACACACAAAGUUUUGUGAUAUUUUGCUCUACUUUUCUACUCACUCAGCAUCACAGCCUCAACCAUUUCAGCCGCCGGGUUGAUCUCUGGCUCGGAAGCCCUAUGAAGCAGCAGGGCAGUUGCCGACAUCCAAAACUAGUCAAUCUGCUACACAAAUUACUGGCUUGGAAACCAAA